GGCAAGAAGGCUGGAGAGGAGUUUCCUCUGCAGCCAGGGAGCCAAUGAAGUGUCUUGCAUGCGCUCACAUGAGUUUCUCCGGACAGUUUUUAAUGACUGAUAUUGAUGUAUGGUAAUUUCUUGGCUGGAUCACAUGACACAAUUACCUCAAGAAUCGAUCAAGAUGUAUUGCAGGUCUGCCUACGUUUCCGAUUUUUUCUCCCUGGCGGGGUCUUUCCACGCGCCUGUGGUGCUAUAGAUGGACAAAGUUUAACACAGUGAAAGCUGCCAAUUCCUUUCCUCUGUUGCAAAGAGGAAAAGGGAAGAAGAGAGAUGACGGAAUACGAUGAUCGCAGCUGUGCGUCAAAUAUGUAUUUACCGAGCUGUACUUAUUACGUUUCGACGCCCGAUUUUACAUCAGUCUCCUCCUUUUUACCGCAGACUACUUCGUGUCCGAUUAAUUUCCCCUAUUCUUCCAACAUAGCCCAAGUCCAACCUGUUCGAGAAGUCGCUUUCAGGGAUUAUGGACUGGACCAUCCCAGCAAAUGGCAUUACAGGGGCAAUUACGCGUCCUACUACUCAACGGACGAGAUAAUGCAUCGGGACUUGAUCCAGUCCUCCAGCAGCAGGGCGGAUGUGAUAUUCAAAAAUGAGUCCCUGCACGGCCACCCCGGGGGUACGAGCUCGCCGUGCAAUUUCUUCACCAACGUCGGUCGAAACGGGGUUCUUCCCCAGGGCUUCGACCAGUUUUUGGACACUGCUAACUCGGACAAGCCCAACGCGGAGCUCCCCAAACAAAAGAUAGACUCUGCUGCUCCCGGAGAUGCUGCGAACAACAAUCAGGCUUUAACCAAACUAGAAGAGCACAAAGCUGAGCCGAGCGGGAGCGGCGACGAGGACUCGUCCUCCAACUGCGGCGACAAGAACAACCAACAGAGUUCAUCAACCAAGUCCAGGAAGAAGAGGUGUCCUUACUCCAAAUACCAGAUCCGAGAACUUGAACGAGAGUUUUUCUUCAACGUUUACAUUAAUAAAGAGAAGCGGCUCCAGCUCUCCAGGAUGUUAAAUCUGUCCGAUCGGCAGGUGAAGAUUUGGUUUCAAAAUAGAAGAAUGAAAGAGAAAAAGCUGAACCGCGACCGUCUACAGUAUUUCACUGGGAAUCCUUUAUUCUGAUACCUGACAUAGUGGUGCACACACACACACACACACGGUAGUAAAAUAGGAGCUAUACACAUACAUGUUUUAAAGACUCGCCCCCUCUGCACAUUUGAACCCGUAUCAUCCUGUUUAAACAGUUUAUUUAGCAAAAAUCUGCAUUUUUGCAAACAAUUUCUGCAUUUAUUUAUUUGUGUUCAAAUAUAUUUUCGCUUUAUUGGCAACAAAUAUUUCAGCAAAGUGCGAGCUGUGCUGUGAAAUGAUCUAUAUAAAAAUAUAUGUAGGCUUUCUUCCUUAUGUAAUGUCCAUUUUUAAGACGCAUGUAAUGCACGUUGUGGUGUGAAAUAAAGUAGACACGACAAAUGUUGUAGGCCUGUCAUAGUCACGAAACUUGUCACAUGAACUUAACCAAGUCCUACAAAAAUAACAUGAGAAAAGGGGAAAUUUUUUCAGAUUUCAAGAUUCAUCAAUGGAGAAAUUUGGUGCUUGCCUGAAUGGUCCCGUUUUUUUCCUUUUGCUUUCAUAGUUGUUUACUAAACCUUGAACCGUCUAGACAGUAUAAUAAACGUAGCUGUAAAUGUCUAAAUAGGGGGCUAUUGGACUUUGGUGUCCCAACCCCCAGACCACAAGAGGACUGAUUCUCUUUCUCAAAGUAGUUUCACUCCAGGCUACACAUGUUUGGAGAAUUCAAGAGAUUUCUGCGCAUCCCGUCCAGAUAUAGGUCCUUCUCACAUCUAAAAUGUCACUACUGGCACCAGUGUUAGCUGGGAGACAAUGGAGGCUAUUCUAACAAGGACCGCCAUAUGAAAGGAUAGGUCAUUUUUCAAGUUUAUCUGCUUUUCUAGUAUUCUCAACAGGCGAAAUGCGGCUUUGACGCCUCUAAAUCUGCUGCCAAGGAGAAAUAUUUCCAAUUGUUAGCUUUAAAAGCGCAUUUCCAUCUUUAAUUAAUGCAGGUGAAACGUUUCCAUGUCUUAACCCCAGGCUGGCGCUACAAAGAAGUAAAAUCAUCUGAGUGCCAUGCUUUACCUCAUGUAUAUCUAUGUGCUAUUUUUGUAACCAAAUGACGGACUAAAUACAUGCAUUGAUUCCACACAAACAGUGACUUUAUUGAUAAUUCACGUGAUGCCAGUAGGGGAUUAUUUUCACUUUAGGUCUUUGCAGCAACAAUUACCCCCCCUUGUUUCGGCGUCUUUUAUGAAGGAAAAAAAAGGUUGGAGAAAUAUUAAUGUUUAAUUCAUUUGUAAUGUAUCACAUGUGCAGUUAUUUCCCAAAAAGGCUAUUAGAAAACCGAGAUUUCAUUACGCCUUUGAUUGGGUUGUCAUCAUGUCCUACAGUGAAAUUACAUUACCAACUGUGUGGGGUGUUUCACUUUGCUUCUCGGUGUAUCCACAUGAGGGCAGACUUGCAGCUUUGGCUGCCAGUGGAAAUGCAUCUUACCCUGCAUGAAAAUCAAUCAGUGGAGGAAUAAUCCGUUCAACACAGGUUUUGUUCAGAUUUGUAUUUUAAUUCUAACUUCGUGUCAAAUGUACAGUUUUUGAAAUUAUUUUUUAAAAAUGUCCAAAAUCACUUGUUUGUUUGUUUUGUUUUUGUUUUAUAUCAAACCGUCCAACAGUGCAGGCUACAGUUUCUCUGAAGAAAAUAAGAGCACAGCUAAUCUUAAUACACACUAUUGUUUUCACUCAGUACCCAGUUUUAUUCAUGCAAAUCCUCCUGUCUGUCAGACGGCAAUUACAUUUACAAGCCAUGUUCAAAGGUUUAGAGAGUCAAAGAAAAAUACAUAUGUCUACUCCGUGUCUUUGGCAUCUGAACCUUUCAAAUACAGACUUUGGUCUUCCCCUGAAGGCCGCACAAUCUUAUUGAAAUCUGUCUCUACAGACUCCAAAUAUUGUGGCAUUGUGGGGGAUUAUUGACAUAAAUCUGCUUUACAUUUCCUUUUAUUUAAUUUCAUGUUGUAGCUGUAUUACUGUUUAUUAAAUUAUCGUUUAUCUGCGUCUGGCUAUUUGCUUAAAAAAACUAGGCUAUAAGACUGACAGUUACUCUAAAAAAAGGGCAGAAGUAUUGUUGUAGUUUCAAGCUUUCGGUUUUAUCUUAAAUUACAACAACGUCUGUGUCCUUAUUUCGAGUAACUCUACCCUUAUUUGUUUUAAUUGUAUAUGUUUUACCCUUAUGUUUUAAAUAUCAGUGGCUCGCCUGGUAUUUACUUUAAAUUGUUAUUAUCAUUAUUAUUAACCACAUCAUAACCCGAGGUCCUAUUUGUUUUUCCACCUUUACGGUACUUGUGUAUAUUUUGUGCGUGCAUGAAUUGUUGAUUAUACCUGAAGAAUAUACUCCCAUAUUAAUUUUUUUCUUCAGUUCAGGGCGUCACAGGAUAUACAAAAUAGAAACCUGAUUAUUAAAACAAAAAUGAUGUUCGUGUUGUCAGAUGUCUCAGUUAAAUGGUAUUUGUUUUUCUUUCUUUAAAAUAACCGAAUGUGGUUUAACGAAUGUAUUUUGGGAACCUAUUUCGUAAUCAAAUUUGGGUUAACAAGCCUGUGUUUUGUGAUGUUGAGUUGAUUUGCAUACUACAAAUGCUAAUUUACAACCAACUGUAAAUAUCUAAGAGCCUUGAAGAACAGGGCAGACGAACUCACACAAGUUGUAUGAUUAUUUCAACCUUGUCGCAUAAAUACCAAAGAUAUAAUUAUUUCAAGCUGCAUUUACUGUGUUUUGUUCAUGUGUUUGUUUAUUUCCUUUACAAUUAUUGUGGCCUGAAUUCAGGUACAAAGUGUUCGCCCCCCCGAUUAAGUGGCACAAUGUUGAUCUUGCACACAUGUGCCUUCCUUGCAGACAAAAACAAUGGAGCCCUGAGCAAAAUAAUCCCCAGACUGUGUACACCGCCACCACCCGCAGGUUUUUAUUUUAUAACUUUGCAUUUGAACAUCGGAAAUACAUGUGACAAAAAGAUACUGUGCUUAAUAAUCUGUGCAAAUAAUAAAGGACCAUUUUCUAUCCG